ACAUCAAAUUGGAAGCGAAAUGGAUGUCAUUUCAUUUCUAAUUGAUUUCUUGAUAUAAAAAGGAAACAUUUCCAAAUCAUUUCGAAAAUUAAAAAAAAGAGUCGAUAUAGUUUGUUUGAAAUAAGAUUAGAACCAAAUUUACCCCGAAAAUUACAAGAUUUUUUUUAAAACGCGUUUCUUAAAACUGCUGGUACAGAGACUACUUGCAAAUGUCGUCUGCUUUUCAAAUGUUACUAAAUCAUGCCAUUGGUGAUGAUGUCGAAGUUUUUAAGAAAUGUUUCAUCUAAAUGGCGAAGAUAUCGGUACAGAUUCGUACCAUGGGUUGCACUGAAUCUAAAAGAGAGGACUGUGCGUUCAGUGAAAAAUGUGGGCCAAGACAGAAUCAUUUUAGAUGAGGAGGUGGAGGAAACCUACAAGAAGUUAUUUUCUGCUUUGGACGAUGACCUCCAAAAUCAAGACGGGAGAGGAAACAAUGCUCAUGUAUUAGAGACGGAGAGCUGCAAUGUAGAUAGGUCAAAGGUCAAUGAAGAAGCAAGGUCAUACCAAGAUGAUGCAAGCACCAAAUGUAAUCACCAUGACAACCAACUUCAAGAUUGUCAAAGCACAACUGCCUUAUCACCAUUUCACAAGAACUUCAACAUGUUUAAAUGGUUCUAUCAAAAUCAGAAUCAGAAGAAAUGGAAAUAUAAAUUAAGAGGGAGAGAAAGACAAGGUCUUGAUAGGUUUUCAAAUACCUGCCUGGAUAAAUAUUGUAAAGAGACGUUGCCACAACAACUAAUGCUGAAAUGGAUCUGUGGUGCCAAAGAAUUUUUCGGAUUCGGCUCCAUGGAUGGUGAUUUCAGAAGACUAGUGAAUAAGGCUUCAUUUAGUUAUCCCGAAUUAUUAAGAAGUCUGAUGAAUAUUAAUGCACAAGAUGGGAGCCGUUUACUGAAAUCUAUUUGCAGCAAACAGCAGAACAGUUGUUCUCAUCAUGAUCUAUUAUCUGUACCUCAGCAUCCUUUUCAUCCUCAGCACCAUCACUACCACUACAACCACCAUCACCACCUCCAACACCAUAAUGGUCACAGCCCUAACUCUAGAUCGCUGAUGAGACAGAACUCCAACCCUACGUCCACUCAACCCAGUCAUCAGCAGAGUACAAAUUCACAUCUUGGACAGAACAAGAUAAACACCCAGGAUGAGAAUUUGGAAGAAAAUCUUGACCCAGGAGCAAUUGUAAUGCACCAGACUCUUGGUUACGCAGUUGGGCGUCGCCAAAGUCAGAUUGAUGGCGGAGGUGUCGGGGUCUUUGUCACCAAAGGAGUGGUUCCAAAAGGAGCGGUAGUAGCAAUGUAUCCAGGUACUAUCUACUAUCCAGCUGAACCAAUUCUUUUUCAGUCCAUUGCUAAUCCUUUUGUCUUCCGCUGCCUCGAUGGAAUUCACAUUGAUGGAAAUAACAAGAAACUCUCCAAAAUGGUCUACAGAUCAUGUGCUCGGAGAGACAGACUUGGACCUUACAUGAUGAGUGACCUUUCCUGGCUGACCUCCUGCCCUUUGAACCCUAUGGCUGUGGGACAAUAUGUCAACAAUCAGCACAGAGGAUCUCCUGCGAAUGUGUGCUACCAAGAGUUUGAUGUGCCUUUGGAUUUUCCAAUUAAACUAAGGAAAUACAUCCCCAAUGCUUUCUUCGGUACUUUACCGGAUAUUGGCAAUGCUGGAAGAAGCGUGCGAACGGUUGCCCUUGUGUCUAUCAGAGAGAUUCAGUGUGGAGAGGAGCUACUUUCUUCCUAUUUUACACUCAUCUACUGAACAGAAAUGUGAGAUGAAAUCCCAAGUUGUGAUCAAGGCCACUAGAUGUGGAAAAGUUUAUCAAAUGAUUCAUUAAUAUAUGACUUAAAUUGAGGACAAGACUGGCAUUUACGGAGUGGUUCAUCACCUUUAUGAAAUUCUACAACAGAAGAGGAAAUUUCAUGAAGCAUUGUGACUUCGAGGGACGAGUCUAAGCUAAUCAGAUGGAAAUAUUUCAGUAGCUUGCAAUAGCCUUCUCUAUAUCUAUUACAUCCCUGCAUGAUUGUGUGGACAUUAUAAGGUACCUUUAAGUUUCAAGCCACGUCUUUAAGCAGAAGACCUGCGUCCCCUCAGCACUUUUCGUCUCUUAAUCCUUUCAUUUUGAUAUACACAAAUCAAUGGAGAAUAUGAGAAAGCUGCUGGGAAGAUGCAAUGUGAAUUCCUGUGAAAUAAUGGGAAAAAGCCAUAUGGUGUUGUGUUGGGAUCGUUCAAUUCAGAUUGGGAGCUUCAAUGAUGACACAGGAAUGUUCCAUGUACAAUUUAGUCAAGAAACUUUAUUAAUAAUCAAUCUCCAGCAGUAUUACAUCUAGAGUUGUAAAGAAUAUGGUAAUUUAGAUGUAGAUCUUAACUCUAGCUGUGAUGAUCUCAACUUUUCUCACCCUCCACCCUUGGGUGUGCACCCAUUAUAUAAUCAAGCUUCAACACAAAUUAUAUGGUUUGGGUAUAGGACAAAAGGUGGUUUACUGAAUUAUUGGGAAGGGGAAGGCAGUUCUUUGUUCUCUGAUUAAGGACUGUUUGAAACUAUUAACAAUAAGGAUCGUAUUGGGUUGGAUUAAAUUAAUGAAUAAGGGUUCUUAGAAGGGGUUAUGGACAUGAAAGGGAUGGUUCUGAGAAGGGGGUAUAUACAUUAUGCUGUCUAGAAUAUAUGUAUGUAGUGAUUUAUACAAUCACUACAUGACAGUGGGUAAGAAUCCCAAAGAACAAUGUCAAAUGCGCGGCCAUUUGUAGGUUAUGUAUCACUUCAUGAAUAACCGAUAAAAGUUCUUGCAACAAAUGAGAUACCCCAAAUUUUCCAAGGUAUAACAAAGUGGGAGUGAAUUUCCAAUAUACACUCUCAUCAUAUUUUGACAAGUAAUUAAAUGUGUAUUCAAAUGCUUGUUAGAACAAGUGUUUUACUCAAGAAGACACUAUUUAAACUUCAGCUUAUGUAAAGAAGAUGAUUGAGCCUCUGAUUUAACAGCAAAAAACAUGUUUAUAUAGUGUAUAACACAUGAAGAGCUUUGUGAAACACAUGGGGUGGACCUUACCAGGCAUGAAAACCAUGUAGUAAAGAUAUUAGAGACUGCAAAAAGAGAGAAUGCAAAAAUAUUUGUACAUUUUCAAUGUAGUUUAUUGUCGUUGACAAGUAGAAAUAUACAUUUUAUACAAAUUCUCAAAAAUGUAUAAUUUAAGAAAAAAGAUACUUUCUAUUCGAGCAUUACGCAGGACCCUUUUCUCUUUUAUCAUUUCCCCUUCUUUUCAAGAAGCUUAUAGUUUAGUCAACUGAGAGGAAAUGAUUUUCCUUGUUUCUAGAUGUUCUAAAGUGUUUCAGCAAUUGCAGACAGAAUGGUAAAUAAUGUAUGGUUUUCUCAUUGGUUGAUACUGGGUUUAGUCAAAUUUAAUUAGUCUUCACUUCUAAGAUACAUUGUGAAAAGUCAGAGACUAGUCUUUCCUGCACCACAGGAAUCCUGCAAGCAGCUUUAAAUUACCCAUUCUCACAUUUCAUCACAGAAUACACAUAAUGGGAAAUGCGGGUAAGCUGCUCCAAAAAGAUAUGCAGCUCUUCUACAGCGGGAUUCUUGCUAAACGACGCAGCACAGAAUUUGACAAGUUUCCUAUCAAGGAAUGCUGAGGAAUAGUUUCACCUAACUUAGAUUGAUAACCAAGAUAAUGUACCCUGCAGUGGUAUGUUGAAAAUUGCCUUGAAUUUUAUUUUAUCUUGUCUAAUCUCCAGGGCUAAGAUAAUAGCUUGCUAUAUUAUGAAAACUUGGUAUACUGAAAAUUAUCUUAUCUCUGUAAGGACAACCCACAUUUCAUUUCAGACAUGCCAUUCUUCUAUUAUCAACCAAUUAUUAAAUGUUUUGGGGAAGAAGUUGAGAGAGUGAUGGCAUCUCAUUUGGACCUAGGUUUCAUCCAUAUCACUUUAUGAAACACACUCUGCAAAAGGAAACAACAAUUUUCAGAAUUCCUUGAGAUUUUCACUAUUAUUCAAAUUCUUGUCAUGAUUAUGUGAUCUACCAUUCUACCAUUCCAAUAAUUAAAACAUGCUACAAGAUAUACCUACAUCUAUGAAAGUUUCAUGCAGUUCUCAUCAGUAACCAGCCAAUCAUUUGGUUUAGAAGCACUUAAAUCUGUGAGCCUCAGAAAUGAGAUUUAAUGCAUUUCUCAUCAGCCUGAAUUGCAAAAAGAUAUGGUCAGAUGGAAUAAUAUUAUAUUACCUUUCAAUUUUAUUUCUAAUAUGGACAAAAUGAAAAUAAUCAAUUUUUUCUUUGUACAAAUGCAUAUAAACAUAACUUUGUUCAUAUAAGAUGGCAUCAGAGAUUUCACAUUGGUGUGAAGCAUAAAAAGCCCAUUUUCAAAUUUUAAUGUUUCCAAAGCAAAUAUGUGUUUUGUAGACAGCAAAAGAAAUGAAACCUGCAUGGUUGUAUUCAACAUUGCUUGGCUUUCCACAGAUGUAUAAUUGUUUAGGAUUCCAAUAUUCUGAUUUAAAUGGCUUAGGAGAUGUGUUUUGUAGCAAUUUAUGAAACAAAAAAAAAUCAUGAUGAGGGAAAAUUGGCUAAGUCAAAAAAUGAAAUGUUUCCAAGUUAAACUACGGGUUAAUGCCGGUGACCUGUAUUGUAUGAACAUGUUCAGUCAUCAUAACAUUUCAUAAAGCAUUUUUUUGUGUGAUUCAGUCAAUAACAGUUAGCUUGUGAAAUCCUUGCAUCUAUUUGCUGAUAGCAAAUUCAUCAAAUAAAUCACAGACAAGUUGUUUUUUCAUAAAGCAUUUUUGAGUGUGAUUCAGUCAAUAACAGUUAGCUUGUGAAAUCCUUGCAUCUAUUUGCUGAUAGCAAAUUCAUCAAAUAAAUCACAGACAAGUUGUUUUAUGAUACACUCCUGAUUCCAUAGAGGCAUAUAAUAUUGCUGAUAAUGUUAGAACACAUAUUCAAAGACUCCAGCCCGCAUAUGCAUGCACUCAGUCUUCAACAGGUUAAGUGCAAAACAUUUUGUUUACGAAAUAAAUGGAGGGCCUGUGUCGACAGAAAUCAAUGUUCUUGCUUGUGAACUCCUGGUGCUUCUGUGCAUAAGAGUAGGAGGAAUCUCCAGUAAAUAGUGGUCACAUGAAGAUCCUCCAGCAGAUAAACC